AUAUAUAAGCAAGAGUAAGCAACUACAAAUAUUACGGACGUAAUAUUCAUAGUCGCGAACGGGGAAUCCCACUUCCAAUUUUUGGAUCAAAGGAAAUGUACAAAUUACUUGCUCAUCACUCCCAAUCACAAGUUCAUGACUGUCCGGAAACUGGAUCAUCCAAUCCUAAUAUUCCGCCGGAGUUCCUCCGUGAGGCGGUGUUCGCCGGAGAGAGCUUCUGGAAUCUCGAAGCAGCAUAUGGGCGUGUGGACGGAGUUGUCAAAACUGUUACAGGAUACUGCGGAGGAUCCCUCAGAAAACCCACUUACAGAGAGGUUUGUGAAGGAAGAACAGGGCACACUGAAGCUGUGAAAGUCACAUACGAUAAGAGGAAAGCCUCAUACACAUCUCUGUGUGAUGCGUUCUGGGAAACCCAUGAUCCAACCAACAAGGAGUUCCUUAAUUUUGGGAUAAGUACCCACCAGAGGUCGGCGAUAUUCUACUCAACAGAAGAGGAAAGGAGAAAAGCACAGGAGUCAAAGAUCAGACGGCAGAUGAAGCUCAACAGGAGGAUUGUGACAAAGGUCAUCGCAUCGGACAGUGCUGAUUUCUUCACUGCAGAGAACCAACACCAGAAGUAUUAUCUGCAGAAGUAUUAUAGGUUGUGUGAGUGUCUGGGACUCAGAAGCACGGAGCAAUUUUCGGAGUCAAAUAUUGCUUGCGCACUUAAUGGGAUUUUGGCAAUGGAUGGAGGACUAGUUAUUGGUCGAUUAGCAAAAUUCAUCGAAACCCGCGAGUUGUUGAAGAAGACCAGACUAGCAAUUGAAGAAGUAAUAGUUGAAGAUUUGAGUUGAAAUCAAGAAGAAGAAGCUAACUUGAAGGCCAUGUUAUAGAUUUUUGAUGGCAGAGGCAUAUUUUUUGUAACUCCAAAUCUCUCUUUGGAUCGAAAAUAA